AACAGAGAGAUAAAAGAAAUAUGAGGUUUCCAUUGAACAGACUGGUUGUUUUUCAACUACUAAGAUUCAUCGAAUGGACUUAGAAGCGAAUCCAUCAAGUGGUCCUGUUCGAGCAGGAAAUCCAUCUCAGCCUCUUGGACAAGGUCAACUCCCCAACAACCUUCCACCUCACCUCCCACCUCAGAUCCCAAAUAUGUUCCCUCUUGUUGAUCAUGCAAAAGGAGGAGAUGAAAACCAACCUCACAACUCCACUCGCAACUCAGCUUCCACCGCCAAUCAAGACGUAGUUACAGCUCAGCUUGCUGCCAUGCAACAACAAUUUGGUGUCUUUCAAUUAGUAUUGGCUCAACUCCUAACUCGAAAUAAUCCUGGCGAUCCCCUCAUCAAUUUUCUCAACCCUGCUCCACAACCCCCAGCUCCACAGCAAGACCCUCAACUAGUUCAGCAUGCUCCUACUCUUAGUGAAUCUCAAGUUGAACAGCGAGGUGCCCCACCUCUACACCAUAAUACUGACUCCAUAGCUCAUCCUCUGAACACCAACAUCACAUUGGAACCUUAUCCCACUGGCUUCAAAAUUCCUCAGCUCGAGACAUACGAUGGAACAAAGGAUCCCGAUGAUCACCUCCAUGCCUUCUAUUCAUGUAUGCAAGCUCAUAACGCCUUUGAUGCGUUCAUGUAUAAGAUCUUUCCCUUUACUCUCCAUGGUAAUGCCCGCACCUGGGACGGAGAAUCCUUGAAGAAUUACAUGAGCAGGUUCAAUGAUGGAGUUCUCAAAGUCAGCUCCUUCAACCAAGCCGUGGGAAUUGCGACUGUAAUUCAAGGUCUCCAACAUGAAAGAUUCAGAAAUAGCUUAAUCAAGCAUCCUGCUACUCCUUUCAAUGAGGUUAAUGACAGGUCGUUGAAAUUCAUAACUAUUAAGGAAUAUGCUUUAUCCCAGAAACCAGUUCCUCCUAGAAAUCAAAACCUAGAUUGGAGAGAUGAGGGUCAGAGCAGAAAACGGAUGAAGACAGUACAGAACCGAGGUCCGAUGAUGACUUCCCCAUCGAAGUUUGGAAAGCCGAACUCCGUACCUCUUCAGCAAAAUAUCAGUAAAACACCAGUUACAUGGACUCCUUUUAAUCUGCUGAGGUCACAGAUAUUCAUGCAGAUCAAGAAUAAGAUGGAUUUGAGGUCCAAAUUGGAAAGUCUAGCUCAGAAGGGCAUGCUGAAUGAAUACAUCCAACGAAUCGAGCAACCGAAGUUUGUUAGAGAACAGGGGGCACAGCUGCAGGGAUCCCGUAACGCAGGAAACAAACAAGGCAUGGGAUAUCAACAAGCCCCACCUCCACUCCCACCACUAACUAGAAUUAUACAUAUGAUUACGGGAGGCUUGGAAGCAGGAGUUGUCACCCCUCACAAUGAUCCUUUGGUCACUUCUGUCAUGAUUAACAACUGUGAGGUACAACGUGUCCUUGUUGACACAGGAAGUGCACCAGAUAUUAUGUACUUUCACUACUUUGAGAGUCUUGGGCUGGAUCCAACUUUGUUGCAUAGGUACGAUGGUCUUAUCUAUGGAUUCAAUAACAAACCCGUUCAAGUAGAAGGAGUCCUUACUCUCAAUGUUGCUUUUGGGAGUGGCCAAACUUAUGCAAAUGGUAAAUGGCAAAUGUGCAUCGACUACACAAAUCUUAACCAAGCUUGCCCCAAGGACUGCUAUACGAUGCCAAGCAUUGACAAACUGGUUGAAAAGACUUCUGGAAAUGAGAGAUUAAGUCUCUUGGAUGCAUACUCUAGUUAUCACCAGGUGCCGAUGGCUCCGGAGGAUGAAGAGAAAACCUUGUUCUAUACUGGUGACGAAAUUUAUUGCUAUGUCAUGAUGCCAUUUGGCUUAAAGAAUGCAGGUGCUACCUACCAGAAAAUGGUGACCAUUAUCUUCCGAGCUCAAAUCGGCAGGAAUUUAGAAGUGUAUAUCGAUGACAUUGUGAUCUUCGGUGUGGAGUUUGGGAAAUUUAUAGGCUUCAUGGUCUCCCGAAGAGGGAUUGAGGUCAACCCAGAAAAAAUCAGAGUAAUUGCUGAGAUGGAACCACCGAAGUCGGUGAAAAAUAUACAGAGAUUAACUGGAAGGGUGACAGCUCUUCAUAGAUUCAUAUCGAAGUCAGCAGAUAAGUGCCUGCCAUUCUUUAAGAUCAUGAGGUCAACAGCUCAGAAGGAUGAAUCUGGCAAACAGAAAAAGUUUGAGUGGAACCAAGAAUGCCAAGCUACAUUUGAUGAGUUGAAGGCUUACCUUAGCUCACCACCUCUGCUGACAAAGGCUAUAGAUGGAGAGAUUCUCUAUUUGUACCUUGGAAUUUCAAACGAAUGCGCCCUAUCUCACUCAACCCCUAAUCCCGAGCCCAACGACUGGACCUUAUAUGUUGAUGGAGUAUCUAGUAGCAAGGGUUCAAGAGCUGGUGCUCUCUUAAUUGGCCCAUAUGGAUACCGAAGUGAGCAUGCUCUGAAAUUUAACUUCGAUGCAACAAACAACAUGGCUGAAUAUGAAGCUCUGCUACUUGGUUUGCAACUAGCAUUGGAGUUGAAGGUCAUGGUGAUACAAAUGUACAGUGACUCACAGCUUGUGGUUAAUCAAGUCAACUCAAUCUGUGAAGUCGUUGAUCUUGUGAUGAUGAAAUAUGUAGCCCUGGUGGCCGAGCUGAAGUCAGUUUUUGUAGAAGUCUUAGAUGAACCAAGCUUCAUGAAGCCACGAAUGAUGGAGAUCAGCACAAACUCGGACACACCAAGCUGGACUGACCCAAUUAUCUCCUUUUUACAAGACGAGAUAGUGCUUGAAGACAAGCAAGAGGCAAUGAGGUAUGGGAUCCCGAACCAGAUUGAUGCUGACAAUGAGUCUAAUGGUAUGGUAGAAUCUAUUAAUAACGCUAUCUUAGAAGGAAUAAAGCCGAGGUUGGAACAGCACAAGGCCAGGUGGGCAGAUGAGCUCAACAACGUCCUUUGGGCAUAUAGAACUAUGAGUCGAACUACCACAGGUGAAACACCCUACCACCUAGCCUUUGGUAUCGAAGUAGUCAUUCCUAUUGAAAUAGGAGUCCCAAGCUUCAGGGUAACCCAUUUCAAUGAAGGACGAAAUGGACAACUACUUCGGGAAAACCUUGAUUUGCUUACCAAAGUCAGAGAAGAAGCAUGGCUUCGAACUCUUGUAUACAAGCAAAAAUUAGCCAACUUCUACAACAAACGGGUCUGCCCUCGAACAUUUAAAAUAAGAGACCUUGUUCUCAGAAAGGCAGGUCUAACAGGGUUUGAAACUCGUUUUGGCAAACUAGCCCCAAACUGGGAAGGCCCUUACACAAUGGCUAAAGUGCCACAUCCUGGUGCUUAUGUCCUCCAAGACGCUGAAGGGAAGCAAAUUCGUAAAGUCUGGAAUGUCAAUAACUUGAAGAAAUUUUAUCCCUAAUAAACUUCUUUCAAGUGAUCUAUGUCUUAUUCUCCUUUAUACUUAUUACUUCUUGAUUGUUGAGAUUUAUUUUAUCUCUUAUUCUGUAUAUUCGAGGUCAAUCUGUUUAGAAUUUAUUUCUUGACUUUCACUUUUAUUAAUGAAUGUCACUUCACAUA